AUGCAAGCAGUAGAUCUUAUCCUAUAAGCAUCCAGAACCUCAGGAAGUGAUGGUUUAUAACUUACUGAAUCUUGGAUUUCAGGCUUGAGUGGAAAUGGAAUGAUGUACAUUAGAAUUGUUACAAACCUCCUCAGCACUACCUUGACAGGAUACUCACUCUUUAAGUGGGGUAUCGCUGGAUUCCCUUGGUUUAUGUCUGACUGGGCCGCCUUCACAUCAGUUUUGGUGCAGCUCAUGUUGCUCUGGUCUCACACAAGAGCUUACGAUCCUCUCUAUGAUAACCUUGUUAAGGCGAUCUUCGAGAUUGUGUUCCCAUUCAACAUGAUGACAACAUUACUCUACUGGACCACUUACUAUGAAGGUCAAAUGACUAGUGACUGGACCACAUGGGUUUAUCCUCUUUUCAUGCACGCAGUUCCCGCUGCAACUCUUUUGGUGGAAUACUUCACCAACAACAUUAUUUUUGAUUGGGAAAGAGGAGCUGCUAGAACUCUCUGGGCUAUUCUCAGCUAUAUCCCACUCUCAUACUUUGUUAAGGAUAUCUGGGGAAACUGGGCUUACUCCUUCAUUACAUGGGACAGCUGGACAAGUCACACUUGGGUCAUUGCAGUUGUUGCCAUUAACCAAAUCUUUUUCUACGCUUUCUCAUUCCUAAACAACUACAUCAAAACAGGCCAAGGUGUUUCAAGAGAACAACUUGCCUAGAUCCCAGCUCAAUUUGAGAACAUUCUCAAGGUUGCUGGAAUUUGA